ACUGUGCGACGUCUACGAUGCUUGCUUGUAGUUUGGAACUUACAGCAUAAAGUGCCGGGCUUCGCUGAGAGUCAUCUCUCCCCGUCUCCACGUCCAGUGUGGUUCUGCUCCAAGAUGUCCGUUGCACCGUCCCACCUUCCGGCUGACGAUGGAAGCACGGACAGCCACAGCCCUUCAGAUGAGGAGUGCGAGCGCUGCGUGGUGUGCCUGACGUGGAGUGCCCGGCCCUCGCGCGGCGGGGUGAGCUGCAGCCGCUGCCAGGACGAGUUCUACUGCGGGGACAAGCACCGCACGCAGCACCUUGCCGCCCACAAGAAGGUGUGCUUCCAGCCCAAAGGCCUCCAGGCCCCAGCGGGGGUGUGCGCUGUGUGUGGUCGCAAGGGCUCACUCUGCGCGCGCUGUGGCCUGGCCUCCUACUGCAGCAAGGCGCACCAGAAGCAGGACUGGUCGCGGCACAAGCUGAGCUGCAAGAGGGCCGAAGAGGAGACCCCCGGGGAGAAUGAUGAUGGACCGGCGUUGGGCUUGACCGCGCUACCCAAGGAGCUGCUGCUGGCAGUGUGCGCGCUGCUCGGCCCCUACGACCUGGUGCGGCUGGGCCAGGUGAGCCGCGCGCUGCGGUCCGUGGCCCGGGACCCCGCCGCCUGGCAGCACGUGACCUUCCCCGAGAGGAAGCCCGAGGCCGACGCGGCCCUGGACCACGCGGGCCACUCCGUGCUGCACAUGCUGCACCUGGAACGGACCACCACCAGUGCGCUGGGCCGGGACGCGGGGUACGGCGUGCUGCGGGUGGCGCCCGCCCUGGGCACGCUGCGCAUCAUCCACGGGUGGCCGCCCGUCAACCUGCUGCGCUUCACCCGCCGCGUGCGCACGCUGGAGCUGCAGUGGACCGAGAUCAGCGGCCAGGCUCAGAUCGGGGACGGCUUCGGCGCGGAGCGCUUGCGGCGCGUGCUGAGUCACUACCGUGGCCAUCUGCAGGUGCUGCGGUUGGCUCGCAUCGACGACGUCGCCACGCUGCACUUCAUCGACGGCCUGGGGCUGCGGGAGCUGCGCUUGGGCGAGUGCGUGGUCAGGACGUACGGCGCGGAGGGCUCGGUCCAGGGCGUGGCCACGUUGAGCGUGGGCUCCAACGUUACCGAGGAGGUGGUGUUGGAGCUCCUGAAGCCCUGCGUGGACACCCUCACCACUUUCGAGGUCAAGUCGCGGCUGCUGGACUUCUGCGGCUGGGCGUUCCGUGAGCCCCAGGAGGCCCUGCUGCCGGCGCUGCGACGCUGCCCCCGCCUGGUGUCGGUGGACGUGCCGGCCGAUUGGUUCGUGCGCGGCUACCUGGGCGACUUGUCCGGCCUCGACACGCUCAAGCUCAUCGACCUGGGCACGCAGAAGCACGCCGACGUGGAGAGGGCGCUGGCAGCCUUCCCGCUGGCGCGCAACAUCAAAGUGCUCACAGCGUCGCUGGCCUUCAUGGCUCAUCGCGGAUUGGUGAUGAUGGUGGCCGACGCCUUCCCGCGGCUGCAGGCCCUCUGCCUGGCCUUCGACUCGGACAGCGACGACCCGACCAUGGACGCCAUCACCAACGGCAUGGGCGAGGCGCUCCCCGACGCGCCGCGCGACCUGGCCGCCAUCCUGGACCAACGCCUGCCCGACUUGGAGGUGCUGUGGUUGUCGGAGGUGCGCGUGCCCAGCACGGUGUGGGCGGGGCUCGCGUCCGGCCUGCUGCCGAAACUACGCGAGCUGCAACUACAGGAAGUCCAGCUAACGCCUCAGGGCGCGGCCGCCCUCUUGGCGCUGCGUGCCGCGCGGCCCGCUCUGUGCGUCCAGGAGCACGGAGUCACCGCGGCGCGGCGGCCACAGGACGACGGUGUUUGGAACAUGUUCGGGGAAGCGGACGACGUGGAUCCGUUUCGGUGCCAUGAGCCUGUCUGCGCCGCGCCCUCCGACUGCGAGGACGAGGACCCCGUCACCACCGAAGACGAGGACAGCAACGACGAAGACAGCAGCGGCGGCGGCAUCAACGACGACGACAUCAGCGACGAAGACAGCACAUUCGUAGACAUCGACGAAGACAUCAGCGACGAAGACAUCAGCGACGAAGACAGCAGUGGCGACGACAGCAACGACGAAGACAGCAUCGGCGAAGACAGCAACGGCGAAGACAGCGACAAUUAGGGAGGUCACCGCACUGCCUGCUCGGCGUCGUGUGCCACCCUGGCCUCGAAGGCGUGACCCGCUUGCGAGGCCCCUCGCGUGCUAAUAAAUGUCACAGCCACUAGAUAUACCAGGCGAUGACUUCGCGGAGGGCGCACCUGACAAGAUGUUGUGAUGAAGGACAAAUAUUGGCGUUUUGUUUUGCGUAGUGUCAAAGUCAAUAUUCGUGAAAACUUUUUAAAUUUAGUCUUUUUACUUUGUGUAUUUGUAAUAUUGAUUGAAAUAAAUCCAGUGUAUUCUUA